UUCUUCCUUUAUAAGAGACACACAGACCGAAUCCUCCGGAGUUUGAUAUUAUUUUUCAUUCUCUUUUUUUCUCCGAAGAGACAAAAUAAAAGGAAGUUAUGGUCUUAGCCUUGUGGUUCCCAAUUCGAACCCAGGCACUCAUCAUCAACGUCGUCGUUUUGGCUCGCCAUGGAAGCUGGUAGGUGUAAACCUCGAAGUAAUCUCGUUCACUCUGCUAAUUUCUUUCUCUCUGGAUUCUACUGUUGGGGCUGGGAGUUCCUCACCGCUCUUCUUCUCUUUAGUUGUUCCAUCUGACCAUCAUCAUCUUCAUCGGAGAUCACAAAUCGAUAUUCGAAUAAUCGCUGUGUUAUUAUCAUUAGUUUUUUCUCUAGUUUUUAUUUUUAAAAAAUAAUAAAUAAUAAUUUUGGGGGUUGGUGAGGGGGUAAAUUUGGAAGAAAAAAUGGCGCAAAGGUCGGUUCCGGCGCCGUUUUUGACGAAGACGUAUCAGUUGGUGGACGAUCCGAUCACGGACGACGUGAUUUCGUGGAAUGAAAACGGCACCGCUUUUGUCGUUUGGAAGACGGCGGAUUUCGCUAGGGAUUUAUUGCCCAAAUAUUUCAAGCACAAUAAUUUCUCUAGCUUUGUCCGCCAACUCAAUACCUACGGCUUCCGAAAGGUUGUGCCGGAAAAAUGGGAAUUCGCGAACGAAAAUUUCCGACGAGGGCAGAAGGAACUCCUGUCCGAAAUACGGCGCCGGAAAACGGUGGCUACGUCGUCGACUCCUGCUCAGAUAUCACCGGAGGGAAAAUCCGCCGGCGAGGGUUCUUCAUCCCCGUCGAACUCAGGUGAGGACCUAGGGUCAACCUCCAUGUCGUCACCGGAUUCGAAGAGUCCGGGGUCUGUGGAGACGGCAGCUAUUGCGAUGACUCAGUUCGCCGAUUUAUCGGGCGAGAACGAGAAACUGAAGAAGGACAACGAGGUUCUGUCGUCGGAGCUGGCGCAGACCAAAAAACAGUGCGACGAACUGAUAGCUUUUCUGACGGAGUACAUGAAGGUAGGACCCGAUCAGAUCAAUCGGAUCAUGAGGCAAGGAAAUUGCACGUCAAUCAAUGGAGGCAAAGAUUGCGAUGAUGACGAAAAUGAGGUUGUAGAAUCAUCAGAGGAAGAAGAAGAAGAAGAGGAAAAAGGUGAAAAUGAAGAGGGACUGAAACUGUUUGGAGUGUGGGUUAAGGGGAAAGAGAACAAGAAGCGCAACCGUAACGACGGAGCAGGGUUCACUGGUCCCCCACAUCCAAAGGAGAUGAAGGGCGUGGACUUUCACGCGCCACCUAUGAUCAUGAAAAGCAGCAAAGUCUGCAACUGAUUAUUAGGUGGGAGCUUCUGUUACACUGUGGUGGUGCGUAUGGUAAGGCCCAUGCACCCCUUAGUGGCAGUUUCGUUGGAUCCUAUUAGUGUGUAGAAAGAAACAAGUUAUCGUCUCUUUAUGAUUCUAGAAUAUUGACUUAUUAGUUUUUUUUUCUUCGUUUAUAUAAAAGUUUAUUUUGGUAUAUUUCUUCUUUGGGAUAGUGGUUCGUUGUUGGAGUGGGUAAAAAAAGACUUGAAUAUUGUAAUUAAUAAGUUUGAAUGGUUUUUUUUUUUUUGGGGUUCUACUUAGUGGGGUCAUGUGAGAGCAUAAUAGUCUUGUGGAAAAUAUAAUUUAGGGAUGAAAAGGUAAUUCGGUCUCUAUAUUGUUCCAUUUAUAAUACUAAAAAGCAACUUAUACUUGUGUAGAAAUAAACAGACAAACUUGGAAUUUUUACUCUA